AUGUCGAGCCACAAGCAAGAGCCACUCGAGGAAAACGUCGACCAACUCACCCAAUUCCGUGAGCGUUGCGCCGAUCACGUCACCGACUUCAAGGCGAUCCUCGACGAGUGCAACGACCGCGUCAACUCUCGUUCCGAAACCGAGGAGACUUGCCAUCAAGAGAUGGCCGACUACGUCCACCAUUUGGAUCAUUGUGCCAUGCCAAAGGCCUUCGCUUCUUUGAAAUAA